GCUUCUGGGCUGGUACAGUCCUCGCCUCGGAAAACCUCCAACCUCUUUGGUCACUUUCUCUGCUUCUCUCUCUCUCUUGCAUAACUUGGGAGUCUUUAUUUCUGAAUAGGAAUAACUUCAAGACCAUCAACGAAUAGGCUAUCUGGUGACUUGAAUGCUACCCUAUUCAUGUUUAUUUAGGGAAGGUUUAUUACUGGAGUGACAACUUACCUACACGUGAAAGCUUCUAAAAACGAGGGGAAUACGUUUUUCAAGAACAAAAAGGGAAGGGAAAAACAGAAACCGGAGCGAGUUUUAGAUCCUGCCCCUCGCUGGGAUGCAGACUCGCCGCUCGCUGAGUUCCUUAUUGUGCGUGAUGAGCUGCGCGUGGCUGCACUCUGGACUGGCCUCACGGCUAAAGUCUCCCGUUCUGCCCAUCCAUUCGGAGAGGGAGCCUUUACCAUCCAAGGGCAUGUCAGGUGAGCCAAGAUGCCUCUUCUACUUCAGUCAAAGUCACUUCUUUUCAACCUGAAUAUCUCCAUUCAAUGAAUGACCUAUAAUGACCCCUGCUACGUUUUGAAUCCUGGCAGGGGCAUCUCAGCACUAUAGGCUAGCCUAGUGCUCGUUUGCUAAUCUGCCAAAUAUACAUUUGAAUGUAUAGCCUGAUAUGUCUAUAUCUUUUUAAGACCGUCAGUAGAUGACCGCUUAGGCUACACAGACACAGCCUAUCAUUUUGUCUAUCAAAGUGCCUCACUGUACAGCAUCAGACCUCUUAUUAUUAUUAUUAUUAUUAUUAUUAUUAUUAUUAUUAUUAUCAACCCAAUCUUUUUUGUUUGUUUUCUGGCAUCUUCCUCAAAUUUCCUACUGUUAUGGUUACUUCAUGAACAUACUUGCAGAAAACGUCUUAGUCAUAACCACUGAGAAUGGCAUCUGGUUCACGUGCAGGGCUUUAAAUUGCUUGUUGUUAAAGGGGUAGGCCUACUGAGCCCAUGGGAGUGAGAAGUCAAGGCGUUAGAGCAGUGUAUUAACAACUGCCACUAAUAACGUUUAUCCAAUCCUGGAAACUGUAAUCAAUCGGCUGUCCAUUGCUGCAGUUCUUUCGUAGCCUUCUCUGGCUGUACUAAGCAGUGAUUUAUAUUGCAGUGAGUUGUGCGGGAAAGCAUGGUGCUCCGUCUAACUCUAACGCAACUGGACUGUUUUAAAGUCUAGUCACUUAAUGAAAGAAUAAUGCGAACCAGAUUGUUAGCAGCUACGGCAACCGCACAAUAUCAAAUCAACAGUAGUGAAUUUGGCACCGGGGAGCCUCACCUCCAGACUGUGGUGUUGGGCUGGGGUGCCAAGGUGACUGUGGUGUACAGCGACUCUGAAACCGGGAGAGGAAUGCACAUGGCGCACACCCAUAUGGAACUAGGCAGAGGAGGUUUGUGGCGCAAACAAUUGUUGCUGGGACAAUUUUUAUGCAGGCUUUUUAUAAUGCAAUACUUUUAUUAAUACCACUUUUUCAAUUAAUUUGAAAUACUCAAAACCUAAUACAUCAAUUCGUUUCAAUUACACAGACACUGGUAGGCUACCAAAAGCGCAUUCCUUUUAUUUCUCUUUCCAGAUGGUUUCGUGUUUGUUGUGUGAAUGGUAUUUUUUAUAUAAAUUUGAGUGUCCCAUGCACCGUUUAAAUGAAACAGGAUGCGUCGGUGAGCUCUGGAACACGAGGCAUCCAGUCUAUCCACCCAAUAUGUCCCAGCCGCAGAAUCGAUUAUCUGUCAACAUUCACAGUCUGGCUGGACAUAAUCCUAUUUUUGUCGUUCUGUCUGACGCCAAUGUGGGAAUAUGCAGUCUUUCACUUCGCAGUGAACUGUCCAGUACACAUCCAAUUGUCAAGUGCAUAGGCCUGGCUAGCCCAUUAAAGUGUCUGGCAAUGCCAUGCAAUCGUUUCUGUUCUACUGAAUGUUUGGUUGAUUGUUUCGGUUAUAAGUUGUGAAUUAAUUGUAGCUAUUCAGAAGAAGAAAAAUACAGCAUCAUAACAUGUUGAUCUCAGACUAGGCUACUCACCAGUUUUACAUUUAGAUGUGGACUGUACCACAUGCUAGUGUAUUGUUGUCUAAAUGGGUUCUGCUGGUCUGAUUGCAGGAUGUUCAUUUGGAGGAAGAUUCUAUUCGCUGGAGGACACUUGGCACCCUGACCUCGGUGAGCCGUUUGGGGUCAUGCACUGUGUCCAAUGUUACUGCGAGACAGUAAGUUACAUCCUUCACAACAAGCCUAAUAGAGUACAUGUCAAUCUUGGAUAGUGGUGCCAUUAUGUAGGCCCAGGACUAUCAACGGACAGAAAUUGGGCCUAAAAUAACAAACGAAUGAAUUAUGAAUUAAUCAAUUACCAAAAUCAUCUCCAAAUCUUAGUGCCCCCAAAAUGACCCCAUUUAACAAAUAUCAUCAGGCCUGUGUGAUACAGUGUUAAGGUCAAUGUGGAUGAGGAGUUGAUGUUUUCUAUCUAUUAUUUUCAGCAAAGGGGUCGUAAGGGUAAGGUGUUGGGGAAGGUGAGCUGUAAGAACGUCAAGCAGGACUGUCCUGAGCCUAGCUGUGGUGACCCAGUGCUGCUACCUGGACAAUGCUGCAAGACCUGCCCCAAAGGUAACCCCUACCAGCCUACUAACUGUCCCUAUCACUAUAUAAACUUGGCCCAAAGGUAAACUCUCUCUCUCUCCUCUCUCUCUCUCCUCUCUCUCCUCUCUCUCUCUCUCUCUCUCCUCUCUCUCUCUCUCUCUCCUCCUCUCUCUCUCCUCCUCUCUCUCUCCUCUCUCUCCUCUCUCUCUCUCUCUCUCUCUCUCUCUCUCUCUCUCCUCUCCUCUCCUCUCUCUCCUCUCUCCUCUCUCUCUCUCUCUCUCUCUCAGUUAGUUUCAUUAUGUUGUUCUCUAGAGCGGCUGAUUGGUAAUCAGUAGCAGGUCUGGGCUAGGUUGUCUCUCCUACUCGACUGUGUCAAAUACGCUCAUUCUCUAACCAUCAGGAACCAAAGGGCAAUUCAGACCGAUUUAGCCUAGUUCCCAGUGUUACUAACUACCUUUUACAUAGCAUACACACUCCCCCCCGCUCUCUAUUUUCUCUCUCUGUCCUUCCCUCUUUCUCACUCCCUCAUUCGCUCAGGCUCACAAUCACGCACACGCAUACACACACCACACACACACACACACCUGCGCAAACGUUCACUCACACACAUGUUGGGUCUUAUUUUCUCCAUAGUUAUUCAGCAGUGGGUUUUGGUAAUGGAAAGUCAAGGUAAAGCCCUGGGUUUCUCUGAGGCAUGGCCCCCCAGCACUGAGACAACAUUGAGUGUGUUUGUGUUCAUGUGGGAAAGUGUUGAGAGUGUGUGUGUCGUGGUGGUGAUUUUUGGGAAAGCUUGGGAGUGUGUUGUGGUUGUGUCUUUAGGAAAAGUAUGAGUGUGUUUGUCUAAAUGUUAAAAAGCUUUGAGUGUGUUUGUCUAAGUGGUGGAAAACGGUGUGUGCAUGUGCGCGCAUGCUUAUGUGUGCGUGUGUGUUUACGUGCACGUUUGUGUGUGUGUGUGUGUCUAUUCACUGGUGCACCUGAGGAUACAGUAUAGUAGAAUGGAGGGAGGUGAGACUGACACUACACAGAAGCCCUAGAGCGUACCCUAUGGAGGGAGAGAGAGAGUGCCAGGGGAAUAAGGCCAUGAAAGAGAGAGAAAGGAGGAUAAUAAAAGAGUGCGAGAAGAGAGCCAGAGAGAGAGAGAGAGGAUAUGAGAGGGACACAGAGAAGUAAAGCAGACAGUCUAGGAGUAAAAUGGAUGGCCUUGAAGAAAUAAGUCUGGAUGAUGAUGUGUGUGUGAGUAAGAGCCUGUCUGUCUCGUAGUGUGUGUGUGUUUUUCUGAGUAUGCUUUUCAGUGUGUCUGUAUUUCAGUGUGUGUGAGUCGUCUGUCAGAUUGUGUGUGUGUUUGUGUGAGGCACUGAAAUGUGCUCGUGACAUCAGGACACACAGUGGUUUGGAACAGCAGGUCACUGUUGGGAUUGCACACGAGUGUCACUCCCAGCUCCUCAGACUAAGAAACAAACCUUGUUACUGUGGCACCCAGACGAGCCAGGAGUGUUCCAACAAGGAGACACCUGGAGAGAGAGAGAGAAAGGAAGAGGGAGGGAGAGACAGAGAGAGAGGGUGGAUAGAGAGAAAUAAUAGAGGGAGAGAGAGAGAAUUAGGGAGGACUAAUAUUUUGGAUCAGCAUUUUAGAAUCAUUCCUCUCCUCCCUGUAACUCUGUAACUCUCACUCUUUCUAGCUGGUUCACUCAUUCAACAUUUGCUGUGAUUCUCCUUACUUUAUGCCUUCAUGUUAAAGUAAUUCCAACCUGUAGGUGUUGUGUAAAUAUCCCACCGCCUCACACGUUGUGCCCCUGGGUGUUGUGUUGUGCUUGUCCAGGCGAGGUGGACAGGAAGCAGGCGGAGGCGGUGUUUGAUGGCUUUGAGUACUUCCAGGAGAAGGAGAAAGAGGAUGAUCUGCACAAGUCCUACAAUGACCGCUCAUACCUCAGCUCUGAGGACAUUUCCCCCGGGGAGAGCCGCACUGGUGAGCAUGCACACUCAGCCGCACACAAAACACUACUGUACACUCAUGCAUGGACAUACAUCAUUUACAUUUAGUCAUUUACAUUUAGUCAUUUACAAUUAGUGACUUACAGGAGCAAUUAGGGUUAAGUGCCUUGCUCAAGGGCACAUCAACAUAUUUGGUCACCUAGUCGGCUCGGGGAUUCGAACCAACAACCUUUCGGUUACUGGCCCAAUGCUCUUAACCGCUAGGCUACCUGACAUGGAAACACACACACAUCUUGUACAUGCAGUACAUGGAUAUACAGUACAUGGAUAUACACUAUAUGGAUAUGCAGUACAUGGAUAUACAGUACAUGGAUAUACAGUAUUCAUAUAAGGACACAUAUACUCUCACUGCCCCCGUAACAAGAAAAUAAUUCCUCCAUUCAGUCAUUCUGAUUUACAUCUUUACUUUACUGUGUGUCUCUCUGUGUGUGUGUGUGUGUGUGUCCAGACUUUGUAGCAGUGUUGACGGGAGUGACAGACUCCUGGUUACCCAGCUCCAGUGGUGUGGCCCGGGCACGCUUCUCUCUCACUAGAACCAGCCUGACCUUCUCCAUCACCUACCAGAGGUAACACACACACACACACACACACACUGACAGAAAAACAAAUGAUAAGCGUGUAAUAAUCAUUAGUAAUAACUAGUCUCUAAUUUUAUAAAAUAAAAUGUUAUCUUUCUCUCUCUUCCUCUCUCCUGUUCUCCCUCUCUCCUCUCCUAGGAUCGGGCGACCAAGCAGGGUUGUCUUCCUUGAUUCAGAUGGAAACACUGCGUUUGAGUACAAGACCCCUAAGGGAUACUCAAACAUGGUAAGAUACUGGAACGCUCUCUGUUCCUAGGUAGACGUUUCCGCUAUUUAUGUUUUUGUUGUGUGUCUAUGUGUGUGUGGGUGUGUGAAUGUGAGAAAGACAGGGAGAGAAAGAGAAAGUGUUUGUAUGUGUGUCUCUGCAUGCAAGUGUGUGUGUGUGCCCUAGAGAGAAAGAUUAAGUACCUCCAUGAUAAACGCUCUCUCUCUGUGACUCUCUGGUCAAACUCUCACUGGCCCCGACAUAAUUCACCCUGCAAUAACAAACACAGACGCUACCACAAAUACACACACACACAGACACACACACUCACAGCGUUGUCACAGCGUUGCCUUAUCAUUGUCAGAAUGUUGCUGGGAUAAUCAAGUCUUGAUUACUGUGAAAUAACGCAUGGUGCCGUUAUCACAAACAGUUGAUUUUAUUGGGUCAAAUGGAAUGGUGCAACUGUUGAACUGAGAGGCACAAGGAACUGCCACAGUCACCAAACUUUACACAGAGUAAACACAGGAACUAUCACAGUCACCAAGCGUUACACAGAGUAAACACAGGAACUGCCACAGUCACCAAACUUUACACAGAGUAAACACAGGAACUAUCACAGUCACCAAGCGUUACACAGAGUAAACACAGGAACUGCUACAGUCAGCUAACUUUACACAGAGUAAACACAGGAACUGCCACAGUCACCUAACUUUACACAGAGUAAACACAGGAACUGCCACAGUCAGCUAACAUUACACAGAGUAAACACAGGAACUGCCACAGUCAGCUAACUUCACACAGAGUAAACACAGGAACUGCCAGAGUCAGCUAACUUUACACAGAGUAAACACAGGAGCUGCCACAGUCAGCUAACUUUACACAGAGAAAGAGAACGAGAAAGGAAGGUACCGUUUAUUUAAGAGGGGAGCAGUGUGUGUGUGUGUGUGUGACAGAGGCCUACAUCCCCAGUGCACCAUUUCCUGCAUAAAGCCAAAUUACACACGUGACAUCAUCACAUUCUUUAACAAUUUAAGUCAGGACCCCUGAAUAUAGGCCUAGAAAAAAUGGACCUAUAAUUUUUUUGACAAGUGCCCCUAUCAAGUGUCGCGUUCUAGAGGACCUUAGUGAAACCGCCCUGGGAUGGCCAGGGGGAGGGGUUGCUGGCAUGGAUCAUCUCUUGGGGGAUUUUUGUGCGUGACAUCACCCGUGCGAAGGAGACGGAGCACAAUUAUAAUUAAAAGAGGAGAUUAUCCUGGACUGUGCGCAAUGAGGUGUGUGUCCGUCACCAUAUUUCUUCCCCCUCUAAGGCAAAUAUUAUUUUCGGGGGGUUCGUUGUUUGUGGCCUGGUGCUGUGAUAGUGUCCACGGUCUCGACGGGCUGAUCUUUUCCACAGAUGAAGUUGUGUGUGUGUGUUGCAGAGAAAUAAAACAGAAUAUGCAGGCUGUUGUGAGUCAGUUUGUAAGCUGUAACUAUGGCAGAACACAACACACACACACUCAAACCCCAGCCUUGGCUAAGAACCCCACACACACUCAAACCCCAGCCUUGGCUAAGAACCCCACACACACUCAAACCCCAGCCUUGGCUAAGAACAUGCGGCUGCAACUGUGGCUCACCUGCGUGUAUGUGUGUGUUUCAGAUCUGCGGGGUGUGGAAAAAUCUUCCCCAAUCCCACGUGCAACAGCUACAGGCAGAACAACUUCGGGUUACUAUGACAACAGCCACCGGUAGACAGGAGCAGAUCGAAGGAAAGAUCAUCAAACACAGAGCACUCUUCGCAGGUGUGUGUGGGUGUGUGUGCUUGCGUGUGUGUGCAUGCAUGUGCAUGUAUUAGUGGGUGCAUGAAAGUGUGUUUAUAUAUCUGUUUAAAUGUGGACAGAAGUAGUCUCAAUAUUUCCAUGAAUUCUGAUUUAUUUACAUAUGUGUACAGGUAACUGCCAAAAUAAAGGAACCACUUGAGUAAAUGAGGGAUACAAAGUACAAUACAUUUGUGUACAUUUCAAUGAGGACAAACGUUCAGUAAUGUAUGCAGCUCAUAUUGUGGACAGUGUCUGCAUGAGAACACAGUGGAUGGCCUUCAUAACCGAAUGCAGUAACAAUAAGGUGGUGUGUGUAUAUAUGUCAUGUGUGUUUACAAUGUGAGUGUGAUAUCCAUGUGACCCCACAGAGACGUUCAGCUCCACUCUGACCUCAGAAGAGGAGCAUUCUGGGAUGGGAGGCGUCGCCAUGUUGACUCUGAGUGACACAGAGAACAACCUUCACUUCAUCCUCAUACUGCAGGGACUGAUACAACACAGACAGAGAGGUGAGAGGGAUUGGUGAGGGAGGACUGAUAGAACAUAGAGAAAGAGGUGAGAGAGAGAAAGGGAGGACUGACAAAACACAGAGAGAGAGGGGGGAGGACUGAUCCAACAUAGUGAGAGAGGGAGGACGGAUACAACACAGAGAGAGAGAGGGAGGGAGGACUGAUCCAACAUAGAGAGAGAGGUGAGAGAGGGAGGACGGAUACAGCACAGAUAGAGAGAGGGAGGGAGGACUGAUCCAACAUAGAGAGAGAGGUGAGAGAGGGAGGACAGAUACAACACAGAGAGAGUAGUGAGGGAGGGGAUACAACUUAAAGAGAGAGGUGAGAGAGGGAGGGAGGUGUAGGGGAACAACUCAUCACUUGAUCCUCCUUUCAGUGGGCUUAAUGGGGCUUCUGCUGUAUUGCCUCUAUCCUGUUCCUUCACAGGGGACUAGGGAGUAGGAGCUAAGACAAGAGACUAGAGGUUGUUUUGGGACUGGGGACUAGGGAGUAGGGGCUAAGACAAGAGACUAGAGGUUGUUUGGGACUAGGGAGUAGGGAGUAGUGGCUAAGACAGAGACUAGAGGUUGUUUUGGGGGGACUGGGACUAGGGAGUGAGGGGCUAAGUACAAGAGAAUAAGGUUGUUUUGGGACUAGGACUAGGGGCUAAGACAAGAGACUAGAGGUUGUUUUGGGACUGGGGACUAGGGAGUAGGGGCUAAGACAGAGACUAGGGGUUGUUUUGGGACUGGGGACUAGGGAGUAGGGCUAAGACAAGAGAAUAUAGGUUGUUUUGGGACUAGGGACUAGGGGCUAAGACAAGAGACUAGAGGUUGUUUUUGGGACUAGGGAGUAGGGCUAAGACAAGAGAAUAGAGGUUGUUUUGGGAUUGGGGACUAGGGAGUAGGGGCUAAGACCAAGAGAAUGAGGUUGUUUUGGGACUGGGGACUAGGGAGUAGGGGCUAAGACAAGAGAAUAUAGGUUGUUUUGGGACUGGGGACUAGAGAGUAGGGGCUAAGACAAGAGACUAUAGGUUGUUUUGGGACUAGGGACUAGGGAGUAGGUGCUAAGACAAGAGACUAGGGGUUGUUUUGGGACUGGGGACUAGGGAGUAGGGGCUAAGACAAGAGAAUAGAGGUUGUUUUGGGACUGGGGACUAGGGAGUAGGGGCUAAGACAAGAGACUAGAGGUUGUUUUGGGACUAGGGAGUAGGGAGUAGGUGCUAAGACAAGAGACUAGAGGUUGUUUUGGGACUGGGGACUAGGGAGUAGUGGCUAAGACAAGAGAAUAUAGGUUGUUUUGGGACUAGGGAGUAGGGGCUAAGACAAGAGAAUAGAGGUUGUUUUGGGACUGGGGACUAGGGAGUAGGGGCUAAGACAAGAGAAUAGAGGUUGUUUUGGGACUGGGGACUAGGGAGUAGGGGCUAAGACAAGAGAAUGGAGGUUGUUUUGGGACUGGGGACUAGGGAGUAGGGGCUAAGACAAGAGACUAGAGGUUGUUUUGGGACUAGGGACUAGGGAGUAGGUGCUAAGACAAGAGACUAGGGGUUGUUUUGGGACUGGGGACUAGGGAGUAGGGGCUAAGACAAGAGAAUAGAGGUUGUUUUGGGACUGGGGACUAGGGAGUAGGGGCUAAGACAAGAGACUAGAGGUUGUUUUGGGACUGGGGACUAGGGAGUAGUGGCUAAGACAAUAGAAUAGAGGUUGUUUUGGGACUGGGGACUAGGGAGUAGGGGCUAAGACAAGAGACUAGAGGUUGUUUUGGGACUAGGGAGUAGGGAGUAGGGGCUAAGACAAGAUACUAGAGGUUGUUUUGGGACUAGGGAGUAGGGGCUAAGACAAGAGACUAGAGGUUGUUUUGGGACUGGGGACUAGGGAGUAGGGGCUAAGACAAGAGACUAGAGGUUGUUUUAGGACUAGGGAGUAGGGGCUAAGACAAGAUACUAGAGGUUGUUUUGGGACUAGGGAGUAGGGGCUAAGACAAGAGACUAGAGGUUGUUUUGGGACUGGGGACUAGGGAGUAGGGGCUAAGACAAGAGACUAGAGGUUGUUUUGGGACUUGGGACUAGGGAGUACCUUAAGGCAUAAGACAAGAGACUAGGGGUUGUUUUGGGACUGGGGACUAGGGAGUGCUGUGAGGCAGUGUGACAUGGUUAUAAGUUUGCUCUGUGUGCUCUCUCUCGGCCCUGUAGACUCCCCCCUGGUGCCCAUCCGGGUACGACUGCAGUACCGCCAACAUGUCCUGAGAGAGAUCCAUGCCAACGUCACCGCCUAUGUAAGUUAUAGAAACUACACACACACACACACUUUCUCUCUCUCUCUUUUUCAGUUUCUCUCUUGGGCACAGAUCUAGGAUCAGCUUGUCCUCACCAAACCAAAUCUUAACCUUAACCAUUAGGGGGAAACAUACAUCAGGGACAAACCAAGAGGCGGGAGGAAAGGGGGGAAACAGAUGACAUCGUGACACACUCUCCCGCUGAGAUGGAUGUGGUUCCUUCCCCACAUCCUACUGCUGUUGUCAGUACUGUAGAUCACUGUUAAACAUCCAUAGAGACACGGGAUGGACAGAGAAAAAGAAAGAGAUAGAGUGGAGGGGGGUUGUAAGAGACAUGUAGUGAGGGAGAGGGGGUGGGAUGAGAGACAGAAAGGAGAGAGUGAGGGAGAGAGGGUGGAACGGCAUGCACACUCCUCACACAUGUCAGUGGUUAGUUGUCUGUGGGACCAGAAAGAGGGAGGAAGGAAGGAGGAAGAGAGGGAGGAGGAGGGAUGAAAGGAGGGGUCUGUUUUUGAUCUGGUGGGAAUUAUGUGAAUCUGAGAGUUGAUAUGCCCCUCUUUCUGUUUGACACACACACUGACACACUCACACACACACAUACACACACACACUAAAUAUUAUUUAUACACUACAUGACCAAAAGUAUGUGGACACCUGCUUGUCGAACAUCUCAUUCCAAAAUCAUGGGCAUUAAUAUGGAGUUGGUCCCCCCUUUGCUGCUAUAAAAGCCUCCACUCUUCUGGGAAGGCUUUCCACUAAAUGAUGGAACAUUGCUGCGGGAACUUGCUUCCAUUCAGCCAGAAGAGCAUUAGUGAGGUCGGGCACUGAUGUUGGGCGAUUAGGCCUGGCUCACAGUCGGCGUUCCAAUUCAUCCCAAAGGUUUCCACUGUCCAGAGUCCAAUGGUGCCUAGCUUUACACCACUCUAGCCGACGCUUGGCAUUGCGCAUGCUGAUCUUAGGCUUAUGUGCGGCUGCUCGGCCAUGGAAACCCAUUUCAUGAAGCUCCCGAUUAACAGUUAUUUUGUUGACGCAGUUUGGAACUUGGUAGUGAGUGUUGCAACCGAGGACAGACGAUAUUUACGCGCUACACGCUUCAGCACUCGCCGGUCCCGUUCUGUGAGCUUGUGUUGCCUACCACUUCACAGCUGAGAAGUUGUUGCUCCUAGACGUUUCCACUUCACAAUAACAACACUUAUAGUUGACCGGGGCAGCUCUAGCAGGGCAGAAAUGUGACAAACUGACUUGUUGGGAAGGUGGCAUCCUAUGACGGUGCCACGUUGAAAAUCACUGAGCUCUUCAGUAAGGCCAUUCUACUGCCAAUGUUUGUCUAUGGAGAUUGCAUGGCGGUGUGCUCGAUUUUAUACACCUGUCAGCAACGGGUGUGGCUGAAAUAGCCGCAUCCACAAAUGUGAAGUGUAUUGUAUGUUCUUUCUUUCCUGCUCUUAAUAUAAACUCAGCAAAAAAAGAAACGUCCUCUCACUGUCAUCUGCGUUUAUUUUCAGCAAACUUAACAUGUAAAUAUUUGUAUGAACAUAACAAGAUUCAACAACUGAGACAUAAACUGAACAAGUUCCACAGACAUGUGACUAACAGACAUUGAAUAAUGUGUCCCUGAAGAAAGGGGGUGUCAAAAUCAAAAGUAACAGUCAGUAUUUGGUGUGGCCACCAGCUGCAUUAAGUACUGCGAAUCCGACCAUCACCCCUGGUGAGACAAAACCGCGACUCGUCAGUGAAGAGCACUUUUUGCCAGUCCUGUCUGGUCCAGCGACGGUGGGUUUGUGCCCAUAGGCGACGUUGUUGCCGGUGAUGUCUGGUGAGGACCUACCUUACAACAGGCCUACAAGCCCUCAGUCCAGCCUCUCUCAGGCUAUUGCGGACAGUCUGAGCACUGAUGGAGGGAUUGUGCGUUCCUGGUGUAACUCGGGCAGUUGUUGUUGCCAUCCUGUACCUGUCCCGCAGGUGUGAUGUUCGGAUGUACCGAUCCUGUGCAGGUGUUGUUACACGUGGUCUGCCACUGCGAGGACGAUCAGCUGUCCGUCCUGUCUCCCUGUAGCGCUGUCUUAGGCGUCUCACAGUACGGACAUUGCAAUUUAUUGCCCUGGCCACAUCUGCAGUCCUCAUGCCUCCUUGCAGCAGCCUAAGGCACGUUUACGCAGAGGAGCAGGGACCCUGGGUAUCUUUCUUUUGGUGUUUUUCAGAGUCAGUAGAAAGGCCACUUUAGUGUCCUAAGUUUUCAUAACUGUGACCUUAAUUGCCUACCGUCUGUAAGCUGUUAGUGUCCUAACGACCGUUCCACAGGUGCAUGUUCAUUAAUUGUUUAUGGUUCAUUGAACAAGCAUGGGAAACAGUGUUUAAACCCUUUACAAUGAAGAUCUGUGAAGUUAUUUGGAUUUUUACGAAUUCCACAUUUCUCAAUCACUCCUUCCUCCAUCCUUUCUUUCCUUACCUCCCUCCCGUCAUCCCUCCAUCCCUCCCUUUCUCCCUCUCGCUCUCUUGGCUCAAUCCUGUCCCUGGAUGUAUAGUACAUGGAUAUUUCUAUUGAAAUGGGGCCUGGGGUCAUAAUAGUAACAUUUAUUCACCACAGUCAUACAUCUGUCAUAUUAAUACAACAUUUUCAAAAUAAUUUUCCAAUCUCUGUGUAUGUAAAGUUCUGGCAGUUGGAAGGAUAUGAAAGUGGAUGCAGUGUGUGAGAUAUUAGCCCCAAAGCGAGCCAUAUUUCUGGUGUGUGUAUGUGUGUGUGUGGUAGGGGGGGGGGGGGGGUUGUUGAGAGAGACAGAGAGUGUGUUGUAGUGUCAUAAUGAGUGUUUCAGUGUCUGUUUGUGUGUUUGAGUAGAAUAUGUUUGUGAGUUUAUCUAUUAUAACCCUUGUGUGUUUGUUGGUGAUAAGUCUGAUGUUGUAUCACCAUUUCCCCAACGUUCUCCCUUUAGGACCCAGACUUUGCUGAGGUGCUGACAGACCUGAACAGUCGGGAGCUCUUCUGGUUGUCAAGAGGCCAGCUGGUGAUCGCUGUGGAAACCGAGGGCCAGGACCCCCGACACAUCUCUGGCUUCAUCACCGGCAGGAAGUCUUGUGACAGUAAGUGCCACACCCCUUUAUGUAGAACAACCAAUCAAUCAAUCAGCCCACAGUCAGUCACUCAGACAGGUGACAGGUUGAAUUGAUGAAGUUACUCGAGUCGCUCAACAUCAAACAAUCAACCUUGAAUCCUUUUCUGUCAUCCCAUCACACCUAAAACGAGGCCAAAGUCAGAGACCUAGGAGGAAUGUGUUUUGUCUUUCAGUUCACUUGUUCCCCUUCUGUUCCUCCGUGGCUGUUUUAGCAACUCUCUCUCUUCUAUAAAUAGUCCCUCCUUCCCUUUUUUCUUUCAAGUCUUAUCACUGAAGUAAAACCAUGUUUAUAGCCCCGCUGUUUGACCUGGUGGUCCAUAAUACAGGGAGCGGAGGGAUGUGUCGUAGACAAAUUCAGCACACACAUGUUCCAUUCAACGACUCUAACGCAAACAUACUUAUAUACUUAGAUCCCCCCCCCCCCCCCCCCAACACACACACUCACGCACACAUUGUCUUUUUCAUACACACACACACACACUUGUGUGUACAUUUCACACACACACACACACACACACACACACACACACACACACACACACACACACACACUGGGCGCUGCCAAGGUCACAGUCUGCUGGACCUCACUCUCCAUACUGGUGUUCCAGCUCCAUGAUUAACAGCUUGACGUUAUGUGUGAAGAAUUCCAACCCAACACUUGUUUCACUCUCUCCUUACAUCUCUCUCUCUCUCUCUCUCUCUCUCUCUCUCUCUCUCUCUCUCUCUACAUUCUUCUCAUCUCUCUCUCUCUCUCUCUGCCUGUCUCUCCAUCUUGUUCUGUUCUUUCUCUGUCUUGACUCCUCCCCCCUCUAUCACUCCCAUUCUGCCUUUCUUUUUGGAGCUUUCUUUCUUCUUUCUCUCCUCUCCUUCUCUAUUUGUCUUUCCCUGUCUGUCUUCUAAGCCCUUUCGUGUUCAACAAGGGUUACCUCAUCCCACGGGUUAACCUUUGGUUAGGGUGUGUGUGUGUUGGGGUGGGGGUACACCACUUAAGCUAGAAUUCUCUCUUUUGAGAUGACACACACAUACCCUCACACCAAAGUUCUGUUUGGACGGGUUGUGAUCUAUUCAUUCCCUGUGAUUGUCCCCACUAGUGGAGGGAUGACAUGGUGUGUGUGCAUGUGUGUCUUUCUACAGGGGAGACGUGAGAGAAUGUGUUCUGGCCCUCUCUCGGCUCCCCCCUGUCUGGCUCUCCAGACCAACAGGGUGAAUUAUAACACGACAGAGAGCAUUGCCUCAUCUCGCAUGCAAGAGCUGCCUCAUCAUCACAUUCAGACUAGUCUGUAGUAGGGGUCUGGGUCUGGGUCUGGGUCUGAAAUGGAAAGGACACAGAGUCAGGGAGACCCUUCUCAUACUCACUCUGUCAUCAUCCUCUCUCGUUCCAACUUCAAUUUGCUUUAUGGAAACAUGAAAAUGUCCAAGUGUGGCACUGCGUGUUCAUCUGUUAUGUAAUAGCAAGGAUUCAAGAAAUAAUUUACUAAACUUUUUUCUUUUCUCUCUUUCCCUCCUCCACUCCCUUUUUCUCUCUCCAGCCAUCCAGAGUGUCAUGUCCAGUGGUGAUGCAUUGACAGCAGGGAAGACAGGCGGCGUGGGAUCAGCAUUCUUUAAUCUCCAUGAUAACGGCACCCUGGACUACCAGGUAUGGGUCUGAACUUAAUUGAAUUGAUUUUAACUUUAAAGAACUGAAUCAAAUGGAAUUGUACUGUCACUAUUUACAUAACAGAACAGAACAGAACCAAACCAAACCACACUGAACUGAACCACCAAACCAACCCAUAUCCUGCUCCGUCCACAGGUCCAGAUAGCGGGGUUAUCCAGUGAGGUGGUGGGUUUGACCAUCGAGCUAAAGCCUCGGCGGCGCAGUAAGCGAUCCGUGCUGUACGACCUAACUCCAGAGUUGGACAGGCCCAGCGGGCGGGCGGUGGGAAGCUGGAGUCGUCUAGAGGCACGUCACAUCCACAUGCUGCUGCAGAACGAACUGUUCAUCAACGUGGCUACCGCACACAGCCAGGAGGGGGAGCUACGCGGACAGAUCAGAGCCCUGCUCUACAGCGGCCUGGAGGCACCCAGACACGGUGAGACACUGACCUUAGACCAGAACAGACACUAGGGCUGAAUCCUAAAUCAACCCCCUUCCCCUCGCUCCUCCAUUUGUGCGUUCACGCGCGCCUCCACCAUAUGCACAAUUGUCCCAAAACUGACGAAGUCAAAAUUAUGGAAGGUGUAAGUGCUAAUUAGUCCCUCCAAUAGCCACUUCGACCGAGCCAGCUAUGCUGCCUGCAUCAGAGUGAAGUGGUAUCCCAUAACGCACCGUGUUAUUUUUGAGUUUGCGCAAUUUCACACAAUAGAAUGGAGAGUCGCGCAUAAUUAUGAACCACCUGUGUUUGUGUCUGAUUUUGAGGCUUGACACAAGUAACAGAUGAAAUACCUCCCAAAUUACAUGUUUAACUGUUACUGUUAUCUUGUAAAACGACAGGGGAAUUUUUCUCAUUUGAAUUUCAUGGCCAUUUUAUUAUUUAAAUGUAGAACAUGAAUUGCAUCAUUCAAAUCAAGAGUAUGUCCUGAAGUUGAUGGGUUUAUUGAUCCCCUCGUCACUCUUGAAGUCACCCUCUGAGUUUUGUCAGUAACACGUGACAACGGAGGGCCCUCUGAGUGAGUUGGUAGUGGCGAUGGGCUGGUUUGGGAUUCACCAUAGAGUAACUCAAAUACACUUAGGUUGAGUAAAUGCAUAGGUCAGGGGUGGCAAACUCCAGUUCUCUAGACUAGAGCCACAGUGCCUGAAAAAGUAUCUGAAAGAAAAACAUUGAUCCCAAUUUGAGAUUAUUCUAUUUAACUCUAGUCUUUUGCUUUUCAUUCAUAUUUAACCCUCUCCUUCCCCAGAGAUCCCUGUCCCUCUGGCAGGCCAGUUUGUGGCCCCUCCAGUCCUGACCAGUGCUGGGGGCCAUGCCUGGGUGUCUGUGGACGAGCGCUGUCACCUCCAUUAUGAGAUUGUGGUGGCAGGCCUCAGCAAAGCUGAUGAUCUCACAGUCAAUGCCCACCUCCACGGAUUGGCCGAAAUCGGAGAGCUGGACGAGAGCAGCACCAAUCACAAGAGACUUCUGACAGGGUUCUACGGUUCUCAGGUAGGCAGACGGAGACACAAGAAUAAUCACAAACACACACAACUUUGCCAUGACAGUAUGAUAUAGAGAAUGUAUACAUACAGCAGAAUCUUAUUCCAUUCUCUCUCUCUCUCUCUCUCUCUCUCUCUCUCAGGCCCAGGGUGUGUUGAAGGACAUCAGUGUAGAGUUGUUGCGUCACCUGGACAGAGGGACAGCCUUCAUCCAGGUCAGCACCAAGGUCAACACCAGAGGAGAGAUACGUGGACGGGUGAGUAGGACCACAACCAUAACUCAACCACUUAACCACUUAACAACCAUAGCUCAACCGCUUAACAACCAUAACUCAACCACUUAACCAUAACUCAAUGACUUAGCAACCGUUACUCAACCACUUAACAACCAUAACUCAACUACUUAACAACCAUUAUUCAACCUCAACCAUACCUCAAUCUCAAUCCACACUCUUCAGUUUGAUCAUGCAUUAUUGGAAUAUAUUGAGGAUUAUAGAGAUGGAGUGAUCAGAGGUGGAGGAGAGGAGGGAGGGAGGGGGAGGGAGGGAGGUGAGGCCCCUCCGGGCCCUAGCCAGCUGAGUGGUUUUUGUGUGUGUGUGAUUGCUCACUUAGUCAGUGUGAGGCCACACAGACAAGCACACUCACUGGCAGGUGGCCUUGUGUUUUCAGAGACAUUUUGUUGAAAAGUAAAAGUAUGUGAGGACACACACAAACACACACACACACACACUCACAUCGUUACACGCUAACAUAUUUGCAGGUGGCCUGGUUGAUGAUUUCGUCUUAGCUGCCAGGGGAUGGAAUGGGAGAAAGAAACGUGUAAGAACACACACACACAGUAAAGUCCGGCAGUUUAAAUAGCAAACAGGUCUGACACAUAAACAGCCAUCUGCCGUGGAGCCGUAGAGCCAUGGGCGGAAAGCCGGCUGAACGCUCCAUUUAGGACUAAUUAACAAGUACAAGUACGCUUUAUAACAAGCCACAAGGAAGGUGUGUCCAACAAAUCACUGAAAUCCUAACCUCUGUUUUCCCCCCCUCUCUCCCUCCUUCCUCCUCCUUGCUCUCUUUCUCUCCCUCCUUCCUCCUCCUUGCUCUCGGUCCCUCCUCUUAUUCUCCCUUUCUCAUGCUCACCCCUUUUCUGCCCCCCUCUCUCUCUCGCCCCCUCUUUCUCUCUCUCUCUGUCACCCCCCUCUCCAUUCUUCUCUCCCUCCCUCCCUCCUUCUUUCUUUCUCUCCCUACAGGUCCAUGUGCCUAAUAACUGUGAGUUUGGGACAAGGGGUGAGGUGGAGAUGGCGGAGUUUGAUGACCUGUUUGUGCGUGACCCUGAGGAACUAAAGAAAGACCCCCACACCUGUUUCUUCGAGAGUCAACACCACGCCCACGGCUCCCUCUGGACCCCCAACUACAACAACUGUUUCACCUGCAGCUGUCAGGUAGGACUGUUCCAACUAAAACCACUAGGGCGGCGCUAUAGCUACGCAUUAAAUUAGUGCUGGUUUCCCAGACACAGAUUAAGUCUAGUCCUGGGCUAAGAAGCCCGUUCGAUGGAGAAUCUAGAUGUCUUGAGAAUCUAGAAGUAAAGUUUCUACUACUAUAUUGAGUGACUUUGUGUCUAACUACUAUAUCGCUUGUUCUGUCCAUUUCUCUCCUCCCUCAAUCUCCCUGUACUCCCUGUAGAAGCGCACAGUGAUCUGUGACCCGGUCAUCUGUCCAGUUCUCAACUGCUCUCGCACCAUCCAGCCUGAGGACAAGUGCUGCCCCGUAUGUCUCGGUGAGUGUGUGUGUAUCAGUGGGUGUGUUACUAUGUUUGAAUAGGAUUGUGUGCUUGAGUUUUUUUUCCUUAUUCUUGAGAGGACUUAUUCUUGACAGUACAACCCAUUACGGUCGUAAAGUUGUGAAAUAAUACUUUCCUGUGUCCUUUUGCCCUGUCUGUCCUUUAGAGAGGAAAGACCCCAAGGACAUGACGGCUCCAGAGAGGCUAGACGAGCAUCCAGAAGGUACUGUACCAUCUCUAUCUCUGUCUGACUGUCACUCUGAACAUCCAGAAGGGACUGUACCAUCUCUAUCUCUGUCUGGCUGUCACUCUGAACAUCCAGAAGGUACUGUACCAUCUCUCUCUCUGUCUGACUGUCACUCUGAACAUCCAGAAGUACUGUACCAUCUCUCUCUCUGUCUGACUGUCACUCUGAACAUCCAGAAGGUACUGUACCAUCUCUCUCUCUGUCUGACUGUCACUCUGAACAUCCAGAAGGUACUGUACCAUCUCUAUCUCUGUCUGGCUGUCACUCUGAACAUCCAGAAGGUACUGUACCAUCUCUAUCUCUGUCUGACUGUCACUCUGAACAUCCAGAAGGUACUGUACCAUCUCUCUCUCUCUGUCUGACUGUCACUCUGAACAUCCAGAAGAUACUGUACCAUCUCUCUCUCUCUGUCUGACUGUCACUCUGAACAUCCAGAAGGUACUGUACCAUCUCUCUCUCUGUCUGACUGUCACUCUGAACAUCCAGAAGAUACUGUACCAUCUAUCUCUCUCUCUGACUGUCACUCUGAACAUCCAGAAGGUACUGUACCAUCUCUCUUCUCUCUGCUGUCACUCUGAACAUCCAGAAGAUACUGUACCAUCUCUCUCUCUCCUCUGACUGUCACUCUGAACAUCCAGAAGUACUGUACACCAUCUCUGUCUCUCCUGACAUGUCUGACCUCGUCACUCUCUGAGUCACUCCCCAGAAGGUACUGUACCAUCUACUCCCCUGUCUGACUGUCACUCUGAGCAUCCAGAAGGUACUGUACCAUCUAUCUCUGUCUGACUGUCACUCUGAGCAUCCAGAAGAUACUGUACCAUCUCUCUCUCUGUCUGACUGUCACUCUGAGCAUCCAGAAGGUACUGUACCAUCUAUCUCUGUCUGACUGUCACUCUGAGCAUCCAGAAGGUACUGUACCAUCUCUAUCUCUGACUGACUGUCACUCUGAGCAUCCAGAAGAUACUGUACCAUCUCUCUCUCUGUCUGAAUGUCACUCUGAACAUCCAGAAGGUAAUGUACCAUCUCUCUCUCUCUCUGACUGUCACUCUGAACAUCCAGAAGGUACUGUACCAUCUCUAUCUCUGACUGACUGUCACUCUGAGCAUCCAGAAUGUACUGUACCAUCUCUCUCUCUGUCUGACUGUCACUCUGAACAUCCAGAAGGUACUGUACCAUCUCUCUCUCUGUCUGACUGUCACUCCUCCUCUUUCUCGCUUUCUCCAUCUGUCUGUUCCUCUCUCUCCGUCACCCUCCCUCCUCUCCAUCUGUCAGUUCCUCUAUCUCUCUCCGUCAUCCUCCCUCCUCUCCAUUCUGUCUGGUUACCUCUGAGAUUGAUGUGCAUUUCCAAUGCUAAGAGUGUAUUUCUCUCAUCCUUCUGAACUCUCUCUCUCUCUCUCUCUCUCUCUCUCUCUCUCUCUCUCUCUCUCUCUCUCUCUCUCUCUCUCUCUCUCUCUCUCUCUCUCUCUCUCUCUCUCUCUCUCUCUCUCUCUCUCUCUCUCUCUCUCUCUCUCUCUCUCUCUCAGGUUGUUACUUUGAGGGGGACCAGAAGAUGCAUGCUCCUGGGUCUACCUGGCAUCCAUUCGUCCCUCCGUUUGGCUACAUUAAGUGUGCCCUCUGCACCUGCAAGGUAGGCCUCUAGGUUAUUCCUUCACAGCUAGCAUGAUGUAAGUCGAUAAGUGAUGCUAACAUAAUUAGAAACAUAAUCUUUCUGCAGCUUCCUAGAAUGUAAUGUAAAUUCCGCUCAUUUCCCAUUGUGUCCUUCGUCCUCUACUCCUGUAGGGGGCGACAGGCGAGGUGCACUGUGAGAAGGUGACGUGUCCAGCCCUGACCUGCAGUCGUCCGGUACGCCGCAGCCCCUCAGACUGCUGUAAGGAGUGUCCGGAGGAAGACAAACCCCCUUUGGAGCACGCUGACAUGAUGCAGGCAGACGGGACGCGUCACUGCAAGUUUGGGAAGAACUUCUACCAGAACAGUGACAACUGGCACCCCCGUGUGCCCCUGAUGGGAGAGAUGAAGUGCAUCACCUGCUGGUGUGACGUGAGUAUUACAGGGAGUCAGGGACCAGUCAGGAACAAGUCUCUUACAAAAUAUUGCCACUAAGAGUGGGUUUGGACCUGUUGCCAAACAACACAAUUCAAGACAAAAAAGCUUCAGACUGUUGGGCCUAAACCCCAAAAGGGAAAAAAGCACUGGAGAACUCCCUCUGUUUCAGUAAACCUUUAGAAAAACCCAGACUCAAGGUUUCUUCUGACUGAAGGAGUUUUUCCAUGCCACUGUGCUUAAUACAUAUUUGUACAGAUAGAGUAGGGAUGUUUCAGACUUGGUUGAGCUUCAUAGCUGUAGGGAUGGGGGGGACUUGGGUGGCCCUUACCCCUUGGGGGAAAAUGCCAGUGUCCGUGUGGGGAACUCUUAGAUUUGUAGUUGAGAAGCGUUGAGCAUUUUCUAAUUUCACAGCAUUAUGAGGUGCAUUCCUAAUGUACCUCCCUCUGUCUCUCCCUCCCUCCUUUCUCUCUCUUUCUUUCUCCCUCUCUCUCCAGCAUGGUGUGACUAAGUGUCAGAGGAAGCAGUGUCCAGUCCUGACCUGUGGUAACAUCACCCGCCGGGAGGGCAUGUGCUGUCCUGAGUGCCAAGGUGACAAGCACACACGCGCGCACAUACACACAUGCUUGAAAUAGCGAGACAUGCUCUCAAUCCUGAUGACAUGCUUUCAAACAGUGAUGAUUAAUGUAGCUAGUAAUCAUAGAUUCAUUCAUAUUGGGAAUAACUUCUCUUUUGUUUAGAUUCCAAAGAGGAAGAGGAGGAGCUGAUGAAAGUUCCGGAAAAGAAGAACAGCUGGAGACACUGA